AUGGCUUAUUUCUAUGCAGCAAUCUUUUUUGCAUUGCUCUAUGUUGGCUUGUUCUUCUUUUUGAUAUUAUUUGUUUUCAUUCCAAGAAUUGCUGAGCGAAUUGUUUCAUUUAAAAAGAAAAUGAUGACCAAUAUUGAAGAAACUAAUCGAUUCAAAACUAUUUUGUGGUUUACCAGACACUUGUUUGAUAUUGUCAGUCAUCCAAUUAUUUGGUUUUGCAUUUCUGCGUUUGCUGGAUUUUUAGAAAACUUUUUCAGGUUUUUAUUCAAUUUUUCAGGAGUUCACGAUUUUUUCCUUGCCUAUUUUGGAGGAGUUUUUAGAGCUAUUAGUGCAAUUUGUGUUUUGUGUGGAUAUAGUUCAAUGGUUAUUUUGUGGUCACACAUUAUUGAUCUAUCACAGAGGAAAGAUGCAAGUAAUAGAAAGCUCUCCAAAAUUAACAAGAUUAUUCUUGCAGUAUUUUAUGUGGCAUUGAUUAUUGCCCUAAUUAUUGCACUGAUAGUUUUCGUUUCGGUUUCGUAUUAUGGUUAUGCGUGGGUUGUGUUGGCGAUAUUUGCAUUGAUUUAUUUAUUCACCUUUGAGAUUGGAUUUUCUUUUUAUGGAGUCAAAAUAUUCUUGACAUUGAGGAGGAAUAAUGGAGGUGUUUUGGAGUAUAGAUUUACCAAGUUUAUUUUGAUUGUCUCUGUAUUGUUCCUUGCUAAUUGGUUGGUGGUAUUUUUGUGUGUACUGACCUAUGCUUUUGGAUACGAUGUGAUUUCAGUGUUUUAUGGGGUUGUGAGGAAUAUUUUCCUAGAUUCUUGUAUAUUUGCUGUAUUGUCAUUCUCUACCUAUAUGACAUUUAAGGAAGAAACUUUCAAGAUUGUUUAUGGAGACAAGUUGACAAGAGCUGUUAACAGACUGUUUAAUAGUAAUUCAAAGGGAGAAUCAUCCACUGCAGAAAUGAAUAAACAGCCUGCUUUAUAA